CUGAAUGACAUCGGAAAAGAUGCAGGAGUGGCUGUCAAGAAUCUGGGGCCCAAACGUUGAUGACGUGCGGCAUUUACUGGUACUGGACCAGGCGCCCAUCCAUAAAACGCAAGCUGCCAAGAAUGCUUUCGAGGAGCGCGAUACCAACGUGCUCUAUGUGCCUGCGGGGUGCAUUAGCAUCCUGCAGCCGGCAGACAUCUACUGGAACAAGCCUUUCAAGUCCACCCUACGGCGUUUGUGGGAAGAAUAUAUGCGCGAAGAAGAGAGGAUGCCCAAAGGAAACCUGAAGAAGCCGUCGCGCCAGCAUGCUCUCGAUUUUGUUGCCGAGGCGUGGGCUGCUGUACCCGAGGGGACUGUGGCACGCUCCUUCGAUAGAUGCGGCAUUACUAACGCACUUGAUGGCUCGGAGGACGGCGACCUGCAUGGCGGACUGGCAGAUGUUGGAGUCGUGGCGCCAAAACACUGGCGUGGGCUUCAAGUGGAAUGCUGUGAACUUUUUCUUGCGACUGACUCGGAGGAGUCUUUCGGUGGUUUUGAAAGUGAUUGACAUAGCAAUCAUGAAUCUUUCGCUCAAUAAAGUUCAUGUUCCUAGAAGUAAACAAAAUUUUAAAUCCAUGUGCACUG